AUGUCAGCUAGUAAUCUGACCACGGCCAGCUUGAACGCGCCAUACUUCUUCUUAGACCCAGUGCUAUACAAUUGUUUCCGAGUCCUUAACUUAUGCGUUUUGGCGUUUAUCAUAGGAGUGUUUGGCAUUGUUGCUAAUUUCAUCAACAUUUGCGUCUUCAGGAAUCUUGGUUACCAGGACGGCGUCAACAUCACCCUGACCGCCCUAGCCGUCAGCGACAUCGGGGCGUUGCUCACCCAAGAGUUCUAUAACAUCCUGGCCACGCCCAUGAUCCAAGAGUAUGACCUUUUACUAACCAAGAACCAGCUGAUGGCUACCAUGCACUACGUCAUCGGGUAUUUUGUGCGCGUCAGCAGCGUGAUCACCUCUUUCGCCUCGCUGGAGAGGUGCCUGUGCGUGGUUCUGCCCCUGAAAGUAAAAGCAAUCAUUACCACUCGGGUUGUUGUCGUAUGCAUUGUCUUCAUCUUCCUCGUCUUAUCCUUGUACAUGUUGCCGCCUUAUUACUCACUUUAUUUGGACGUCAAAUUCUUGCCCGGCUACAACAAGACGAUUUGGUACUUCUUCUACCAACCUUACAGUGAGAGAGUCCUUAAGAUAUCCUAUAACAUCACUGACCUGGUCCUCCCUUACGGUACAUUCCUGGUACUACUCUUAUGCUCUUCAAUCAUGUACAUUAAAAUAAAGAUGAUGUCCGAGUGGAGAAGGUCAAUCUCGAGCGCUGGGAGUCACGCCACGAGCAAGUCGUCAGUCAAGGAAAUAAAGUCCGGGGUCAUGCUUAUAACUGUCUCGUUGCUCUGUAUCUGUUUUCUUGCUCCUGAAGCGGCUCUUUUUACUGCUGCAGGCUUCGUCCGAGAGAUGAAACAAGAUGGAAUAUACAAAGAUGUCACAAACUUGGUCAUUACGUUUACAACUCUCCUGCAAACCAUCAACUGCAGUGUAACAUUCGUCAUCUAUUACAAAAUGAGCUCAAAGUACAGAGAAGAGUUUCACAGAAUGAUCCAGAAAUAUAAACCAGGUUCUAAGUUUUUUUGUGUGAAGGAACAUCAGUAA